AUGACACCGUACCUUGCUAUUGGAAAAAAGUGCAACGUAGAACGACAUUUUACAACGGUUCAUAAAAAAUAUGAUACUGAAUAUCCUAUUAAAAGCAGUUUAAGAAAAUCUAAAGUGAAAAAAUUAAAAGCCACAUUAGUUGCCCAACAAUCUGUAUUUAAUAAGUCCGUGACUAAAUCAAGAGCUUCUACAAUUGCUUCAUUUAAGAUUGCACAUAUACUUGCAAUGCACAAAAAACCCUUUGACAAUGGCAACAUAAUUAAAGAAGCAAUGCUUGCUGCAUCACAAACAUUGUUUCAAGAAUUUAAAAAUAAGAAUGAAAUUAUUUCAGCUAUUGAAAAUGUUCCAUUAUCAAGAAAUUCAGUCACUUGUAGAAUAGAAGCAAUGUCUGAAAAUAUCAAAUUACAAAGAUAG